AUGUCAGAUAGAAGAAGAAUACUCGGUCCAUCAAACGUAAUAGUCCCAAAUAUACCACCCCUCCCAACAACCGUCUCCCCCGCAUCACCAUCCAAAAAACCAUCCUCCGCAAUCCCACCUUUCUUUCUCAAACAUGGCCUCAUCAAAAACGCCAACGGGUCCGCCUAUCUCGAAUGCAACAACACAAUAAUCCAAGUGUCAAUCUUCGGCCCCCGUCCAAUCCGAGGCUCAUUCAUCGAUCGUGCCAGUAUAUCCGUCGAAACCAAAUUCCAACCCCAUAUCCUCCCCCAACCCCAGGGAGAAUUAUUUAAUAUCCUGCCAAAUCAGGUGAAAUGGACAGGGAUGACACAUAUAGAACAACGAAUUAGUAAUUAUAUCGAGACAUGUGUUUUGAGUUGUUUGAUAUUGGAGAAAUAUCCCAAAUCGGCAAUUGAUGUUAAUAUAAGUGUGAUUUCUAUUGAUGAGGAGGAUGUUUUGAAGAGAGGGGGAAAUCAAGGGUUGCUUUGGUUGAUUGGGUGGAUUAGUUGUUGUGUUUCGCUUGCGUUUGUGGAUUCUGGGAUUGAGAUGAAGGAUUUGAUUACUUCUGGACAAGUGAAGUUAUGUGGUGGUAAUAAGGUUGUAAUUGGUGGGAAUGGGGAAGAAGAAGAGGAGGAAGAAGAUGGGGAAGGGAUUGAUGCUUUGGUUAGUUUCAUGAAUUUAAAGAAUGAUGAAAUUGUUGGUGUAUGGCUUGAGAGUAAUGAUCAAAAAGAUAUUUCGGUUGAUCAAACUAAUAAAGCUAUCGAAGAAUGUAAGAAUAUGUCAAGAACUAUACGAGCAAAUUUGAAUUCGUAUUUAUUAAAUUCAUUCUAA